GCUGCAAUGGCUUUAAAUUCUCUGUACCCUGAUGGUUGGUUUGCUCUUGGUGCUGCUGCGUUGAAGGCCAGGGAUGUUCAGAAAGCACUGGAUGCAUUCACUUUUGCUGUUCAACUUGAUCCCGACAAUGGGGAGGCUUGGAACAACAUUGCUUGUCUGCAUAUGAUAAAGAAAAGGAGCAAAGAAUCAUUCAUUGCGUUCAAAGAAGCGCUUAAAUUCAAGCGAGAUAGCUGGCAGAUGUGGGAAAAUUUCAGUCAUGUAGCUAUGGAUGUGGGAAACAUUGAUCAGGCCUUCGAAGCUAUACAACAGAUACUGAAAAUGAGCAAUAACAAGAGGAUUGAUGUUGUUUUAUUGGACCGUAUAAUGACAGAAUUAGAAAGUAGGAAUUCAGCAUGUAAGUCAUCACCAUCUUCAUCGAUUGAAAUCGACGGUUCUUCAGAUGAAUGGACGGAAACAAAACCGUGUGCUGCAACACCAGCUGAAACUCAACGCCACCUAGAGUUACUUGGGAAAAUUAUUCAGCAGAUUUGCAAAACAGAAAGUACAUCUGAAAUCUGGGGAUUAUAUGCAAGAUGGAGUAGAAUCAAAGGAGAUCUUAUGGUAUGCAGCGAGGCAUUGUUAAAACAAGUGCGAUCAUAUCAGGGAUCAGAAGUGUGGAAAGACAAAGAGCGUUUCAAGAAGUUUGCGAGAGCGUCAUUGGAACUUUGUAGAGUCUAUAUGGAUAUCUCAGUGUCCACAGGAAGCAAACGAGAACUGUUCAGUGCUGAGAUGCAUUUGAAGACCACAAUCAAACAAGCUACAGAGAGCUUCUCGGACACUGAAGAAUUAAAGGAACUUGAAAGUUGCCUUGAGGAGGUGAGAAAUGUAAUGCAGAAGAAGAGUGAAGAAGAGACUAGAAAUACAAAAACAUGAAAGAAGAAAAGACUUGUCACUGUCAGCAUAAAUUAGCAUCAUUUUUGUUGUUUGGGCUAAAAAAAUACACAUAUUGUUGAGAUCAUAACUUGAUGCUUCGUUUUUGCGGUUAUACGAGUUUUGAGUUUACGUCUCUGCUUCUGCAAGCUUAGUAAGACGAUUGAAUAUCAAUAUGUACCUUGCACUAUGUGUCUAUGUCGAAUUAAAAUCUCUUUGGCCCUU